GCCGAACACCCCUCGAAGUGGAUGUCAGAGGCGGUGCCUCUGUUAGUGGAGGCUGUCGCUGCUGGAGAGACCAUGGAGCUCAGGGAGCAUGCUGCGCGUGCGCUCGCCAAUCUGCCAAUGUGCGAGAUGAGCAACGCGCACUGUAUCGUAGAAGCCGGCGGCGUUCCGCCGCUGGUGCAUCUCUUGGCUGUCGAGAGCUAUGGCUGCCGUGCACAGGCAGCACGCGCCGUGGGCAACCUGUGCGUUGCGAGUCAGGAGGCAGCGAAGCGUGCAAUGCGGGCUGGGGUCGUGCGGCCCCUGCUUGCCGCACUGCUGACGGAGGACCCGGCGCUGAAUGGCAUCAACCUGGCCGUGGAG